AUGUUGCGCGUUGUGUCUUUGGGCUCGCUUGCGAGUGACCCGCGCUUCUUCCGCCAGCACACGCACGGAAUGAUGCCGUAUCCAGUGGGCUACACGAUUGAGCGAGGCGUUUUUGUUCGGGCAGGCGGGGACGCCCCUGGAGAGCGGGCGAACGUGCUGUUCCCAGGCGAGCAGGGUGCGAACGCGCACGUGGCGGAUGUAUACUACACAGCCACGAUCAAAAAAGGACCGGACGGGGGGCCGCUGUUUGAGGUUACCCGCAGUGACCGCCCCGACGUUGUUCACAGCGGCAGUAACCCCUCCACUCCGUGGCGAAAGGCGCUCGAGGCGGCGGAGCAGGACUUUGCAGAAGACGCAGGGGAGAUCGCGAAGGAGAAGCGCGAUGCCCAGGGGGGUUUGACGGUGCGGGGACAAAAGUGGUUUGGGUUGACCUCCGAUAGCGUUCUGGCACGCCUGAAGACGCUGCCGGGCGCCAGUAUUAUUUCGGAGGCCGGGAAGCGCUCUUCACGGCGUUCCUCAAAAGGAGGAAAAAGGUCACGCGAGGGAAGCCUGGCCACCGCCACGACAACGCCAGUUACAGAAAAGUCCAAGAAGCGUCCACGGACGAAGAGUCUUGUAGAAAGUUCGCAGCAGAGUGUAGUGCAGUCGGAUGCAUCUGCUUCACGGAAGCGGCGGCGUGCUACAAAGGAGACGCGCCAGGACGACGCCAACAACGCGGCGGCGGUGACGGUUAACGACGAGGAUGUCCCCUUCAGUGUGUCGUUGGCAGGGAGACUGAGAGGCGUUAACGCGCCAUGCCCGGAGUGCGGCCUCACGACCAUGUUUUGCCCCAUGACGGGCCAAGCGCAUGCCGUAGGUGCCUCACAGGGCCACAGUGGGGGCGCUGCCCAGGGGGAGGCGUUAGGCAGGGCGCGUCGAACAUCAAAAAGGAAGGAGGAGCCUUGGGCUGCCUCUGCUGCAGCGGCGUCUAAUCAGGCCGGACGAAAGCAAACGCAUGACGCUGAUGCUGUGGAUGGAAAGAAGGCAUUGACUGGCAAAGGGUCGGAGGGAAGAGGCGUGAGUGGGCUGGCGACUCGCCGAAAGGCGGCAAAAUCGGAAACACCUUCAGCGUCUGCGGCGGCAACGCCACCGGGUAGUCAGACGAAGCGACAGGUGCAGCUAAAGUUACAGAUUCGCCAGAAUCAAGCGGAAGCGUGCGAUCCAGACGACAUGCCAUUGGCGUUGCGUCUUGCGAAGGGCAUUGUGACGACGUCGGGAGCAGCUGAUUCUGCUGCAGCAGUGCCUCCGUCCCUGUCCAUCUUGCCAUUGCCCCCGCCACCCGUCUGGAGACCCCCACUUGCAGCGGCAGAGUCGCAUAAGGCGUUGCAGGUUUUGCAGCGCAUUAUUCGUGCGGAGAAGGUGAUUCACGCCCCGUUUGCCUCGUUGCUGCAGCUCCCGUUGAUGGCUGCCCCUAAGCCGCGACCCGUGAAGAAUAAAAGUGAGUCUGCCACGGGCGCCGAGCAGCCUGGGGCUGGUGCUGAGAAUGGUGCCGACAAGGGCGCUGAGUUAGCUGCUGCAAAGGUGGAAAAUACCAAUAAUUCGCCUGAAGGAAGGGACCGACACCCACUGGACGUCACAGAUGUCGCCUUUGGUGUCGCGGGGAAGCGUUACGUGAAAUUUAUGCAGCUUUACACGAGCGAGAGAACGAAACUGGAUCUGUUGAGAAAGGCUGACGUGAUCCCACCGGUGCCAAGGACACAUGCCACACUUAAGAAGCAGGCAGUGAAGAGUGACGAGGAAACUAUUCAAUCCCCUGCUGCUGCUGCUGCUGCUAAUGGUGGGGGUGAUGAGGUGAAGCCGGAACCGAAACAGAACUAA